AUGGGCAGCUCUUCCUCCAGCCUGCUGGACGAGAGCAAGUGCACCUACAUCCGAGGAAAAACAGAGGCUGUCAUCAAAAACUUCAGCCCACACUACAGGCGCCAGUAUGCGGUGGCUUUCUGCAAGCACGUACAGGAUGAGCUGGAGCAGCACCGAGACUCCCAGUCCAGGUUCCUCAAAACCAAGCCCCCACUGGAAGCUGGCACCGUCUUAUAUGAAGCAGAGCUGCUGCAUUUUGCUGAGGACCUGAAGAAGUGGAAGGAUAGAUAUGUUGUUAUCAAAAAUGACUACGCUGUGGAUUGCUUUGAGACUAAAGAGGCCUACCAGAAAGGAGCCAGCCCUAAAUAUCACGUUCUUCCUGCAGGAGGCAAAGUUCUGACUUCAGAAGAAGAUUACAAUUUGCUGUCUGAUAAACAUUUCCCAGAUCCUGUUGGGUCAAGUGAGAAGGAGGUGUCUCAAGGCUUCAUUCAGCUGCCCAAGGAGUUCCCUGUGUAUCUGUGGCAGCCCUUUGCCCGGCACAGCUACUAUUGCUUCGCAGAGGCAGAAGCUCAGAGGCAGUUCAGCGCCGUGCUGGGGGACUGCGUGAGACAUGCAAACCACGAUUUUCUCAAGCAGACCACAUACGAAGUUGAGGCAUUCCUAGAAGCCAUUCAGUUCUUCCAGCAGGAGAAAGGCCACUAUGGGACAUGGGAAAUGAUAACAGGCAAUGAAAAAGAGAUCCUGAGCAAUCUUGUGAUGGAAGAACUCCUGCCUAACCUUCAGACGAUGAUCCUGCCUAAAAUGAAAGGCAAGAGGAACGACAGGAAGCGUGCCUGGUUUGGUAUCGUAGAAGAAACUUAUGGCCUAGUCCAGCAGCAGGUGUCAGAAGGAUUAAGUACCUUGAAAGAAGAAUGCAGAGAGUUUGCAAAGACUCUUGAAGGAACCAUUCGUUCAGACAUGGAUCAGAUUCUGAACUCCAAGAACUUCUUAGCUGGGAAAAUCAAAGCCACUGUUUCUGAGCCUGCCCAGAAGUGCUGCACAGAAAACAUCCAGCCAUUUCUCACAUCCAUAUUAGAGGAACUCAUGGGUCCAGUGAGUUCUGGAUUCACCGAAGUCCGCUCCCUUUUUGAUAAAGAGGUUAACGAAAUCAUCCAGGACUUCCAGAAGACAAAUGAUAUGACUAAGCUAAAAGAGAAUGUGGAUCAGCUGAUGAAUCUACCAUUCAGCUCUGUGAAAAUGGAGCCCUGCUAUCUGAAAGUGAACCUCCUCCAAGAGCUCCUUCAAGACCUCAAGAGUCGUUUCAAGGUGUAUCAUAUUGAUUUUGUGAUUCAGAGGACACAGAACUUCAUGCAAGAGCUGAUGGAAAAUGCAGUUUAUACUUUUGAGCAGCUGUUCUCUCCAAGUCACCAGGCAGACUCAGCCAAAGUUGCAACAACCAUUGAAAAAGUCAAGCUGAGAGUACUGAAGCAAUACGAUUAUGACAGCAGCACUAUCCGGAAGAAGAUCUUUCAAGAAGCACUGGUCCAGAUUACUUUGCCCACCAUGCAGAAGACACUGGCUUCAACAUGCAAACCAGAGCUGCAGAAGUACGAGCAGUUCAUUUUUGCUGAUUACACUAAUGUGAUCCAAGUGGAGAAUGUGUAUGAAGAGAUUUUGUAUCAAACGCUGCUUGAGGAAGCCCUGAAAGUGAUAAAAGAAGCUGCCAUUCUGAAGAAGCACAACCUCUUUGAAGAUCACUUGAAUUUGCCCUGUGAAAGUGUUUCCAGCUUAACAGACCUGAAGACUCCUUCAGGAUCAGCCCAGACCACUCCUGCAAAGAAGCCUUCCAUUGCUCAGGCCGAGGCAUCAGACACUGAGACACAAAGUGACGAAACACUCAUCGUGACAGAAAAGAUUUCCUGGGAGAAGGAUGCUGAUGAUAGGAAGUCACCAGACAAAGAGGCAGUUAAUUCUGUUCAUGCAGCAAGCAAAAGGGAAGAAGUGCUGUUUACAGACAUGGCUCAAAAGCAGCAGUCCCUUUUGUCUACCCUUAAAAAACAAGAAACUGCAGAGGAAGGAAGUGUUGGGAAGAAUGAAGAUGUGGGGAAAGCAGAGAAAGAGCUUAAGACAGAACAAGAAGCUGUGGAGGUAAAAGUUGCUCCUGAGACUGAAACAGCAGUGAGAGAUGUUGGAGCCAGACCUAAAAAAGAACUUGAGGUAGAUGAAGGAGCUGUGGAGGAAAAGGUAACUUCUGAGAGUCAGGUGGCAGUGGGUGCUGCGUUUUGCAGUGGCACUGAAAAAGACAGCAAAGCACAGGAAGAAGGUGCUGAAAUAAAUGAUAAUGCAUGUGAUAAUGCAGCAGAAGCAGAGAUUUUAGGGAAUGCUGAAAAGAAAAUCAAGCGAGAAGAAGAAAUUAUGGAAGAAUCACAUCUGAUUGAAAAUGCAGCAGGAAGAAGGUUUGAAGAGGAUAAUAAAAAAGCAAGCAAUGACCAAGGAGUGAGUACUGAAACAAGAGUAACUUCCCAGGAUGAAAAGACUGGGAAAGGAGGGUUUGAUGAUAAACCUGUCAAAGAAAACAAGUCAGAAGAAAAGAGCUGUAAACCCCUUGAUGAUGUGAAUGAGAUAAGGAGUUUGCUGAUGGUAGCAGUUGAGAUACCAGCAGAUACUCCAUGUGAGAACAUAAAGGAGGUUUGUGAAGGUGAGAUAUUAAAGUUGCAGGAUCACAGUAAAGGGAACAAGGAGAUGAACAACACUGCUGUGGCAGAAAUUCAGGUGAGCCAGACAAUGGUGAAUAAAGAUGCAGCAGAAUGUGCCAAAUUCAAGGAGGACCAACCAUCUUGUUUGGGGACAGAUGGUACUAGUGUAGUGAACGUGUCCAAGGGGCCCUGCAAUACUGCCCAAGCAGAAUGGCUGGUAGAAAGCUCAGCUAUGCCUCAGGGGGCACAGGCAGAGGGGGCAGUGAAGCAAAGCAUCUGGUACACAGGGGUGGGAAGCUGUGAAAGCGACCGACUGCAGCCAGAGGAACGUGCUGAGAAUGUGGCUGAAGGCAAAAGAUUAGAUGUGGAAGAAGCAGGAGCAGGGAAUAGCCAGGCUGUCCUGGUGGAGGUAGGGACUGAGAGCUUGCUUCAUAGCCCUGCUGACAAUGCAAGCACAGCACAAGUGCCCAUUCUGGAUAUGGAAAACCCAAGCACAGGACUGCUGGAUGUGCUGGUUUCUGUGGUGCCAGAGCAGGGCGAGGUUAGCACCGGAGACAUCACAGGAGAUAGAGAGUCUGGUGAGGGUGAAGGGAAGCCAGAAGAUGACUCAGCCUCACUCACAGAACUAACAAGUACAGAAGUAAAAGGUGUUUUCACAGAAGAGAACAGAGAAGAUAGUUAUGCACAACAAAACUCUGAAGAGUAA